UGUGUCUAUAAAUAGUGGCUGUUCUGUUUCAUUUAACUUAUAGUAUUCACACAAAACCUACAAGCGUUUUUUAGUUCCUUUAGUGAUUGAUCUAGACACGCCAAAUUUUGCUAAAAGAGAGUAGGAUAAUGGAGGGGAAAGCAGUGAAACCUUCAAGAUUCAAAAGUGUUUGUGUGUUUUGUGGUAGCAGUACUGGGAAAAGAAACUGCUACAGGGAUGCUGCCAUUGAACUAGCCCAAGAGCUGGUGGCGAAAAGGUUGGAUCUUGUGUAUGGAGGUGGAAGCAUUGGACUAAUGGGUUUGGUUUCUCAAGCAGUUCAUAGAGGUGGAGGCAAUGUUCUUGGGAUCAUACCAAGGACUUUGAUGAGUAAAGAGAUCACAGGAGAAACAGUUGGAGAGGUUAAACCAGUAGCCGACAUGCACCAAAGAAAGGCAGAAAUGGCCCGCAAUUCUGAUUGUUUUAUAGCCCUACCAGGUGGCUAUGGCACUCUGGAGGAAUUAUUAGAAGUGAUUACUUGGGCUCAGUUAGGCAUCCAUGACAAACCUGUGGGUUUGCUCAACGUUGAUGGUUACUACAAUUACCUUCUGACUUUCAUCGACAAAGCCGUGGAUGAUGGCUUUAUCAAGCCUUCCCAACGAAACAUCAUUGUCUCUGCACCAAGUGCCAAAGAACUCGUUCAAAAACUUGAGGAGUACGUGCCUGUGCAUGAUGGAGUUAUAGCCAAGGCAAGCUGGGAGAUUGAGCAGCAGCAAUCACCACAGCAACACCAACAACAGGUGGGGUUCAAUACUACAACUUUGCAGACUGAAGUCGCUCUAUAAAGGAGGGAUAUUAAAAAAAGAUGAUAUGAAGUUAGCCAGAAAAAAAGGUGUUUUAGGCUUUCUUUCUUUGCUUUUUAGUCUUGAUUUUGGGUCAUAUACCAACCGUUCCAUAAUGGUUUGGUACGGUAUAAAUGACUUGGGUGAUAAAGGAAUGGCAAAAGUGGGUCUUUUGUGUAUUUUAGCAGCACUUUAUCAAAAGGAGGCAGUCUAAUUUAACUUUGGGUAUUAAGAUUGUAGUGGGAGAUCCUGUAUCUUGAAUUAUGUACAAAGGAUUAUAUCUAUAUAGAAACAAGAAGCAAAAAUUCAAAAAAAAAAAAAAACUGCAGCUUUAUUCUUCGUU